ACGGCGGAUGAAGGUCGCAAGGAAGGCCUUGUUCAUGUGGGGGACAUUCAAAAGGGACCAACGAGACGAGGACCCGGAGCUGUUGAAGAAUUGCUGAAACGGGGGCAAAAAGUAAAAGUGAAACUUGUCGGAAUUGCGGGAUCGAAAUUAACGCUUACGAUGCGAGAUGUUGAUCAAAAAACGGGCGAAGAUUUGAGACCGAAACGGCACUCAUCCGAGCAAACGGAAUCUGCGUUUAAUCCAACGAAUCCAUCCGCCCUCCGGAAUCAAAGAAAGGAUUUUGUCGGUAGCGUGACGGGAAUACAUCUUGAAUCUCUUGAACGAAAAUCAAGACAAUUAGUGAAAAGAAAGAAGCAUUUAACAGAUCAGGAGUUAUUCGAAAAUCAACAAUUGCAAGCAAGCGGCGUUUUAACGAUACAAGAAAGUCUCGAUUUUGAUGAAGAACGGGGCGAAUUAGCGGAGGCAGAACCAACAGUGGAAGAGGUGGAAGUGGAAGUGGAUGAUAGAGAACCUCAAUUUUUGAAAGGACAGACAACCCGCACUGGAGCAAUGUUAUCGCCAAUUCGCGUUGUUGCUAAUCCCGAUGGAUCCUUAGCCCGUGCUGCGGCAACUGCAUCCGCUCUCUCUAAGGAACGACGCGAAGCGAAAGACCAGCAAGAAAAAUCAUUGCUUGAUUGGAUUCCCAAAGACAUGAAUCGCCCGUGGGAGGAUCCCAAUCCCGAGCCAGGGGAGCGGACAAUUGCUCAAGCCCUCCGUGGGAUUGGACAAGGCAGUUACGAAAUGCCUGAGUGGAAAUCGAUGUACAUUGGCAAGAGUGUCUCUUAUGGACAACGCUCAACGAAGUCUAUCAAGGAGCAAAGGGAGUCGCUUCCAAUAUUCGUUCUUCGAAACCCUUUGCUUAAAGCGAUUCGUGACAAUCAAGUGCUCAUUGUUAUUGGUGAAACAGGUUCCGGCAAAACGACUCAAAUGACGCAAUAUCUAGCAGAGGCGGGUUACACAUCAACUGGAGUGAUUGGAUGCACUCAACCGCGUCGUGUUGCUGCGAUGUCUGUUGCAAAACGUGUUGCUGAGGAAUUUGGUUGUCGCUUGGGACAAGAGGUUGGAUAUUCAAUUCGAUUUGAAGAUUGUACGACAAAUGAUACUCUUAUAAAAUACAUGACGGAUGGAAUGCUUUUGAGGGAAGCACUCAUUGAUCCACUUUUAGCAAAAUACGCUGUAGUGAUGUUGGAUGAAGCUCAUGAAAGAACGAUCUCUACAGACGUUCUCUUUGGUCUUCUAAAAGAUACUUGCCGUAAACGACCAGAGUUUAAGUUAAUCGUCACGUCAGCCACAUUAGAUGCUGAAAAGUUUUCUUCUUAUUUCUUUAAUGCCCAUAUUUUUACUAUUCCUGGACGAACAUUUCCCGUUGAGAUUCUUUAUAGUAAGGAGCCUGAAAGUGAUUAUAUUGAAGCCUCUCUCAUCACCGUGCUACAAAUCCACCUUUGCGAACCACCUGGCGACAUCUUGCUCUUUCUAACCGGACAAGAGGAAAUUGAUACUGCUUGUCAAACGUUACAUGAACGCAUGCAAAAACUCGAAUCCAUGCAACCUCCCCCUCUAAUCAUUCUUCCUGUUUAUUCGGCGUUACCAUCAGAAAUGCAGACGAUGAUUUUCGAUCCUGCUCCUGCUGGUUGCCGUAAAUGUGUCGUUGCUACAAAUAUUGCGGAAGCGUCUCUCACUAUCGAUGGAAUCUAUUUCGUUGUCGAUCCUGGUUUUUCUAAAGUUAAAAUGUACAAUCCAAAGACAGGGAUGGAUUCCCUUGUUGUUGUCCCAAUAUCCCAAGCAAAUGCCCGACAACGCUCCGGUCGCGCGGGGCGUACGGGUCCUGGAAAAUGUUUCAGAUUAUUUACCGAAGAUGCGUAUAAAAAUGAAAUGCUUCCCACGGCAGUUCCGGAACUUCAAAGAACGAAUCUGGCGAAUACUGUUCUUCUAUUGAAGGCAUUAGGAGUCAAUGAUCUCAUUCAUUUUGAUUUCAUGGAUGCUCCCCCCGUUCAAACUCUCAUUAAUGCAAUGGAGCAUCUCUAUCAACUCGGUGCGUUGGAUGAAGAAGGACUGAUGACUCGAUUGGGACGUAAAAUGGCGGAAUUCCCCAUGGAUCCUUCUUUAUCUAAAAUGUUGUUGACAUCUGUUGAUCUCAAAUGUUCGGAUGAAGCGAUUACCAUUGUUGCAAUGCUUCAAGUGCAGAAUGUAUUCUAUCGACCGAAAGACAAACAAGCCUUAGCGGAUCAAAAAAAGGCUAAAUUUCACCAGGCUGAGGGAGACCAUAUAACUUAUUUGGAAGUUUAUAAAGCGUGGCAACGCAACAGAUUUUCCAAUCCUUGGUGUUACGAGAAUUUUAUUCAAGCAAGGGCGUUGAGAAGAGCACAAGAUGUUAGGAAGCAACUGAUAUCAAUUAUGGAUCGCUAUAAACUUGAAAUCGUCUCUUGUGGCAAGGAUUACGCCAAGGUUCAAAUGUCCCUGUGUUCUGGGUUCUUCCGACAUGCAUGCAAGAAAGAUCCUCAGGAAGGAUACCGAACGCUUGUGGACAAUACGCAGGUGUAUCUGCAUCCAUCGGGGACGCUCUAUACAAGAAAUCCCGAAUGGAUUAUUUAUCAUGAACUUGUUAUGACAACAAAAGAGUACCUCCGGGAUUGUUGUGUCAUUGAUCCCCAGUGGCUGAUUCAACUCGCUCCACACCUCUUCAAGAAGGCUGAUGAAUCCAAGUUGUCAAAGAGAAAGCAAAGGGAGAAGAUUGAGCCUCUGUUUAAUCGCUUUGAAGAACCGAAUUCUUGGCGACUUUCGCGAAGAAGGAUCUGA